UAUUAUUUUAUCGUCUAGAAAAUAAAAUCUUUUUCGUAAAGCUUCAAAAAAUGUCAAGAGAUAUUUGGGAUUCGUGUUUUCAGCAGAAAAUUUCUUAUGAUGCUCUCAAUUUCCCAAGACAACCUACACAGUCAGAUUUAGAGAAAAGACUUGGUAAAGAACUCACCGAAGUUUUCUUACAAACAUGCAAACCAAUCGACAAAAUAUUUUUUGGUCGUGAUAAGCCUUUGAAAGGACCUGGAGAUAAAAAGUUGUGGAUCAAUCCAAAAGACCGAGUUCAUGGAGAAAAGAUUCAAAUAACAGAACAACCAUCACAAGUUGAUUGUCUACAGGCACUUACUCAUCGAGGCAUACUUGAGAUAGGUGGAAGAGCAGAAAAGAUGGUUGUUGAGAGGAACAAAGGCAUUAUUGAGGCGAGAGUGAAAGAAGCUGAAGACAUUGCAAGAAUUGAAGCAGAUUUGAGGAUCAAAUUUCACGUAGAGUACGAACGCAGAAAGUUAAAUGAAGAAUGGCAGCUACAUUUUGAUGAGCUUGUAAAGAAUCAUGAAGAAGAAAAGAAAAAUUUAUUAAAAGUAAUUCAGGAAAGUCGAGAAGUUUUUUGUGAGUUUGUGGCAAAAAAGUGUCAAGACGAGAUAAAUAAGCAUGUAGAAGAAGCAGUUGGCAAGACACGACAAGAAAUGGAAGGCGAAUGUUCAAAAAGAAUUGAUGAUGAGCUUGCACAACAGCAUACAAUAUUGCAGGAAUCAAUGGAAGUGACAUUAAAGAAUCUCGAAGCAAACGACAGAGACAGAAUGAAUGAAUUGUGUAAUCAGUGCUUGAAUGCUAUGGAUGUGCAGAAUAAUUUGAUGAUGUGUCGGCAAAUUACGGAACUGAUGCAUCUGAUGAGCAUUGAAAAGAAUCAUUGGAAGGAACGGAUGAGCGACUUGAAGGAUAAAUAUGAGAUGACAAUUAAAACCCUUGAAAAUAAAAUAAAUUUAUUCAUCGUUGAGUCAUCACCGGAGCAUCAAUCAAACUCAUUCAUCGUUGCAUUAUGGAAGAGAUUCUUUAAAAGUCUCAAAAGUAUAGAUCUAAAUGAAUUGAAUGGAUGCGAAAGAAGAAUUUUAAAUGAAAUCCAGCGAAUACAAUAUGACCUGAUUGAGAAUUAUGAUGACAAUUUGAGUAGAAUUUUCCUCGUUGAUGAUGAUAAAGGUGAAGAAAAACAACAGGAUUUCCCCGAUGAAAAUUUGAUUGACGAUUGGAUGGAUCAAACGGACAGUGAAUGUUUAAAUAUGGAAUCAUCUGUUGCUGUUGAAUGGAACAGGCAAAGUCCCUCGGAAGUAAUCUCAAUAGAGGAUAAAUUCAUCUCAUCAAUUUUUCAUAAAAUGUCAAAAGCAGAUGCUUUGACAAACAUCCAUGAUUCAAUAUUUUCAAAAACUGCAUCGUCAAUCAUCAAAAUGGUAAAAGGAUCAAAAGAUGAUGAUAGGUUGCUUGAGUGUAAAGUAAUCGAAAUCCUUCAAAAGCUACAGAUUCAACAGCAAGCUUUGACAAAGUCCGACAUCAUCCCAUUACCAAAUGUUGAUUCUUCUCAUAUCAGAGACUCACGAGAGAUUAUUGAAAAGAAACUUUCAAUGGUUGGACAGUCUGUUGAAGGUCGACAAAACAUACUUGGAGUGGUUGAUUCUCUAGAGCUCUUAAGUGCUCGAACGUCAAUGGAGAGAGAAAUAAAUUCAAAUGAUUUGACAUUCGAUUUUACAGACAGCGAAGAAGGAGAAGAAGAAUCUUAUGAAGUUGUAAAUUUGAAUCCUUUAGAGACGACAUUAAGCAUAAAUCCACCGUAUAUGGAAGUUCCAAAACGUACCGACUUGGUAUAUGAGAGAAUGACAGAAAAGGAAUGGCAUGAUCUUAAAACAAUGGAACCUUUAAAAUUACAUUCAAAAAGGCAUUCGUCUGUGCAAUUUACAAAUUCACCUCCUCGACAUACAUCUGAAUAUGGAGCCAUACGAACGUCUAUACUGAAAAAUCCAUCGACAAGUUCAGCACGACAUGAUUUACAUCCAGAUCACAAUGCUCUUCGUCCAAUUGAAGAGAAAUGUCAAGAGCUAGUGAACAAUAUGAAAUUUAAAUCAAUUUUGAAGCUUUUAUGUGCUGAUGAUAUCAUCAAUGCUAAAACGUCGUCGACAAUGUCAUUGGGUAGUCAGAAGAAGUGAUGCAAUUUUAUUUAAGUCUCUGAUUCUGAUGAAAUUUUAUUCUUGUCAUUGCUUUCGGCAUUAAGAUGAAAAAUGAUUUUUUUUUGUUGCAUUCAAAUGAUUCACAAUGGACGUACACAAAAAAAAUUGCUUCCCACUGUUUUUCUUCUACUUGAUUGCGAUUCAAUAAAAAGUUCUCUUCAA